AUGGAUGUAUUAAGAAGAGAUAAAUCCACUGAAGCACUUGCUGAUAUUCUUGAUGAACUAUAUGUUAAGGAUAUUAAAGCAAAUGGUAAUUUGAUAUAUGCUGGAUUAUUAUUAAGUAAUAUGAAUUCCCAUAGCAACAUCGAAACACAUUUUAGUAAUAAUAAUCCUAAUCUAGUAAUUAUUUCUAUUGGUAUAAAUAAUCCGGGCAGGCUCAUAACAGAAGCAUAUGCUUUGGCUGAAUCUAAAUUAAGUAAACCAACUACGUUAUGA